ACUUUUUACUUCGACUUUUUUUUUUCCUUUUUCACACUUCAAUUUGAACUAUCAACAACUUAAAUUAUACAAAAACGAAAACAAAUUUCAAAUAAAAUGCAGAUCAAUGAAGAUGUCGAAAUGACAAUGCCACAAAAAGAAGAAACUGACGAGAAUCAAUUGAGGACUUCACAGAAGACGGCAGAAAAGACUGCUGAAGAGAUUGCAAAAGAUACUAUUGAAGCUGAGCUGCUGUCAAUGGAAGGUUCUAAUGCCAAGGAGGCUUAUUUCGCCAGUCUGGCCGAAUGGACAAGACAAGCGCAUGAAUGGAACUCUUUUGUGAACUUUGUCAACUCGAGCUUUUCGCUAUAUCUAAGGAAUCGCUCGCUAGCUAAUCGAUCGAGGCGCGUGAUGUGGACUCCACAACUGAGAGAAGCUCGACACAGAAUUGAUCUCCAGGCAGUUGUUGAACUGGACGGAUUACCGCGUCAACGUUUAAUCUGGGGAUUGGGCGGUGUGGAAAUGUUGGUGGCACCAUUUUGGAAACGAACUCUUGCCGAAAUCUUUGAUGCUUUGAUCACUAUACUGAUGAAGAUUUUAGUGGCAUUUAUGUUCCUCAGUUUUACCAGUAAUGAUGAGAAAUUGCCAGUUGUGCGCAUCUCGCUGCUAGCGGAGAAGAACUUUGUCUUUAGUUUCCUCGAAGACUUGCAAGCAAUCUUUCAAUUUUCGAUUGCUACUGUUUGUCUGAUAGUGGUGAUGAAGCUACUUGUCUUCUGGUAUGAAUAUCUCUUUUUGAAGUACAAUCAUGGCAUGACACCAGGCAAAUAUCUCAUGAACAUACGUGUUAUCUAUGUAAGAACCGUAAUCCCAUUGCGUCCAAGGCCAGCUCCAGCAUAUAUUUACCAAGUGUUAAGUGAACCGUAUUAUGCCUUCGUCUAUCCAGCCAUAACACCAAAUGCUCGCAGAAUUUUGGCUAGGGUUAUACUCAAGAAUUUCAUUAUACAUUGUUCGUUUCCAUUUUGCUUGCUUUUCAUAUUCCCCAGAGAUAAUCGUACUACCUAUGAUUUUGCGGCCAAAACUGUUGUGGUUGAGGCGGGAACUGAACGAAGACCGACUGCAAAUCGGUUUGAUGUACGCAGACGGGGUCAUUAGCUUGUAAAAGUAAAGGUGCUGUCUUACCGUUUAGA